CCUCCCGAUCCCAUCUCGAUCUCCAAGCUCCAGCGCGCCGCCACCUCCUGCCGACCGCCGCCCUCCUCGGCACCGCGCGCCGCCACGAACGCCGCGGCCGUUGGCGGCUCCCCCCGCCGCCGCCGGCUGCCCCAGUCGUUCCGCGCCCUCUCGUCCUCGGCGCCGCUCGCAGCCUCCCCGCCCAACGCGCCCGCACCUGCGCCCGGGGUGGUCCAGAUCAGCGAGGAGCACCUCGUGCGGUGCGCGGCAGCGGGGAGGGCGCCGCUGCGGGUGGCGGUGCUGCUGAGCGGCGGGGUCGACAGCAGCGUCGCGCUCCGCCUCCUCCACGCAGCCGGGCACAGCUGCACUGCCUUCUGCCUCAAGAUCUGGUUCCAGGAAGAUUUCAGGAACUUUUGGUCCGAGUGCCCGUGGGAUGACGAUUUGAAGUAUGCACAGGCUGUGUGUGACAAGAUUGACGUGCCAUUGGAGGUGGUACAUCUAUCUGAUGAGUACUGGAACCAUGUGGUGUCUCAUAUGAUUAAUGAGUACCGCAACGGGCGCACACCGAACCCUGAUGUUCUUUGCAACACAAGAAUAAAGUUUGGAGCUUUCUUAGAAGCAAUUGAAGAUUUGGGAUUUGAUUACAUAGCUUCAGGACAUUAUGCACAUGUAGUCCAUCCACACGUUGAGAACGCUAAAGAGCCAUCGGUGCUCCAACUUUUGAAAGGCGAGGAUCUGGCGGUGUAUUUAUCUAUAAAUGGAGCUCAUCUUUUGCAGGAUGAAGUUCGCAGUCUGGCUGUUCAGAUGGACCUUCCUAACCAAGCUAGAAAGGAUUCUCAGGGGAUAUGUUUUCUUGGAAAGGUCAAAUUCAGUGAGUUUGUUCAAAGACAUAUAGGAGAAAUGGAGGGUAUACUUCUUGAGGCUGAAACUGGAGAUUACCUAGGGAUGCACCGUGGGUUUUGGUUCUAUACGAUUGGUCAGCGACAAGGUUUGCGACUUUCUGGAGGACCUUGGUAUGUUGUGGAGAAAGAUGUGCAAAAUAAUGUGGUUUUUGUAUUAAGGAAUUACUAUUCGCUGGAUAAGAGGAGGCGAACAUUUCGUGUUAGAUCGCUGAACUGGUUUAGCGAUUCUGGGCCAGCGAUUACCGCGCGCCGCCACGAACGCCGCGACGAGGAAAUCUUUUAGUUACAUUACAUCGUUGGCCUUCUUCCUGUGACAGAGAAAGUAAUGGACACGGUAGAGGCUGCCGAGAGGAGUUCCCUUGCUGCAACCUCCAAUGGUAUUUCCGGUGCAGUGUCCAAGAUGUUAGUGGACAUUGUCCCUUUCUUUCGUAUUCAGUGUUGGAUGAAAAGUCAGAAAUGACAAUUCUGCUAUAUUAUUCAAUUCGAACUAAUGUUUAGUACUUUAUAUUGCCGAUAGAAAUAAUUUUAUCCGCUUGAUUUAGGAAGUGCACAUAGGUAGGUCAACAUAUUUUGUAGCUCUUUCACAUGUAAAAGCAUAUGUUGCAUAAGAAAUUAUUAUCUUCGAAGCAUACUCACAUUUCACUAACAAAUAGGGGGAGGUUCAGACUUCAGAGCAAUGAUAACAAGGUUUGUUCCUCACUCUUUUGUUGGAAUUUUAGUUCCAAGUUAACACGAUUUCUUAUCCGCUUCAUAAGUCAUGCAUUUGCUUAAUUAGGUGAUAAGUAGAGCAAAAAAAAUUGAUCAUGUUAUUGUGGGGUUUGUUUAAACUCCAGCAUAAAGAAUUUUGGUUUAAGAAAAAAGACUUUUGGCUUCUUUAAUUACAAAUUGAUUGCAACAUCGUGUUAGUAUGUGAUUUCUCACAUGUGGUUAUAAUAUUUGUGAAGACGUGCAUUGCACGUGCACUUGGAAGCGGGCCCGUGGCCCGCGCCGGACGGGCCACAAAUCAUUGGUAGUACAUGUCGUGUUUAUCCUCACUGUUGAAUAUUAUGUAUAUAACUAUUUAUGCAAUACUUGGACCAUAGAAGCAAUUCAUUCUGUAUAUUUUGCUGGGGAUUGUGCCUUCCAGUCAAUUUAUAGAUGGGUAAGAUGUAUCACAAUAUCUUUGACUUGCAUUCUCUAUGAUGUCAAGUAAGAAAAUAGAAUAUAUACUCCUUGAAUUAUCUUUUCUUUUUUUCGAUGUCUCUAUCUUACUUAUAUAAUCCAAUUGGCAUUCGCUAGAGUUUCUGUUGAUGAAACAUUUGUUUUGUGAUGUCAGGAGGUUCUGUUUGUGACUUUGCAAUCAAUAUUCGUUGAUACGGUUCGUAGAUCAUGAUAUCUGCACAAUCUCAAUCUACUUCCUGUGACUAUAUAUUGUAUUAAUGGGUUGUGUCAGGGUUAUUUUAUCAACUACUCAGUUGUUGAUCUACAUUACGGUUUAUUUCUUACACGAAUUAAUGUUGACUCGAUUUCCUGUAGUAGGUUGAGAGGCUUCUCCUCUCAUGAUUUGCUCUGAUUAGUUUGCUUGGCUCCAUGCUACUCAUGAUUUCUUUGAAUUUUUCUGUAGGAGCUGGAUCAAAAAUCACCUAUGAAAAAUAUGCCGUUCUUCUCUACAGGGGUUGAAUGUGGAAUUUGAGGAGAAUUUGUGCACCAGCAUCCGACUCCUUGAUGUUGCUCUGAUCAUAUUGUGUAAAUAUAUUUCUAAUAAAGAAAUCGCCCGAUGGUGUACAUGUUAGAAAUAACAAGAUGCAAUCAUCAAGUGUGAGAGAUGGCAACAUCAUGAUGGGAUGCAGCCAAGCAAACAACAGAGCCAGGCUUAGGCCUGAUGAUGACUUGACAAAUAUGAUCAAGAUGCUGAAGAUGAGGAAUCUGACGAAACUGAAGAAAUAGGGGGUACUCUUAGCUUUAGUUCCUUAUAUCAUUUUUUGAUAUUCAUUGCUAUGUAUCUGUAUAAACUUGCUUCGGCCAUUAUUGACAAUUGGUCAGCAAAAGAAUUGCAUAUCUCUAGCCAUCCAGAAUAAGCGGAUGAGAUGAUGUGCAUUCAUUUGGUGGCACAAAAUCAAUUUCCUUUGCCAACUAAUAGUACAUACAUUAAGAAAAUUACUACAGUUGGCAGCUCUUCACUGCA